AUGAAGAAACAACUAAGCCUUGAUAAUAACCCGGAAGAUAUUCUAUCAGCCGAGUCACAAGCCGGCGAGCUCUCCUUUUCCGAGCCAAUCCAGGAUGAUGCUGUGUUCGGCGAGAUUCGUGAAGGUGAUACCAAUUACCGUAAUGUGAGAUCCCUGGUGAUGUGUGUCAAAGCUAGAUCUACUGACAUGAGCAAGGUGAGCUGUAUAGGAACCGUUGCCCUUAUGCUGAAAGUCCAAAUCGGCCUUGGCGUCCUCACAAUACCCAGCUGUUUUGAUAUCCUUGGGAUAGUGCCCGGAAUUAUCGUCCUUCUUGCAAUUGCAGUGACGACAACCUGGUCGAACUGGAUGGUGGGCGUGCUUAAGAUACGCCAUCGUGAUGUUUAUGGAAUCGGCGAUGUCGGGAAGAUGCUCCUUGGGCGCGUGGGAUAUGAGCUAUUUGGCGGGGCUUACAUGCUAUACUAUAUCUUCACUGGUGGUUCUGCCCUCUUGAGCAUCUCAAUCGCCUUUAACGCGCUGUCUGAUCAUGGAGCGUGCACUGCCAUUUUUGUGGCUGUUGCUGCCAUCAUUGGCUUCACUUUCUCUAGUAUCCAGACUCUUGCUCGUAUAAGCUGGCUUGCCUGGGUAGGAGUGUCGUGCGUUAUCAUUGCCGUAUUCAUCGUAACCAUUGGUGUUGGGAUCCAGGGCCAUGCCCCAAUGACUGCGGGCGUUAUCCCGGAACCCGACUAUAAACUCUUCGGCAACCCAAGCUUUGUUGAGGCCAUGACUGCCGUAUCCACGAUAACUUUAGCCUACGCCGGGGCUCCAGCAUUCUUUAACAUCGUCUCCGAAAUGCGUGACCCACGCCUCUUUACUAAAUCCCUAGCCAUAUGUCAAACUAUUGUCACUGUAAUCUACAUCGUGGUCGGGACAGUCGUAUACUAUUACUGCGGAUCCCAUGUUGCCUCACCAGCUCUUGGCUCUGCCGGACCCUUGCUCAAGAAGAUUAGCUAUGGCUUUGCUCUACCGGGGCUGUGUGUUUCUGUGGUCCUAUUCCUUCACUUGCCUUCCAAACACAUCUUCAUGCGCAUUCUUCGAGGCUCUAGACACCUCACCGCACAGACCCCGACGCACUGGAUUGCCUGGAUCGGCUCCACGUUUAGUAUAACUGUGAUCGCGUACAUCAUCGCCAGCAGCAUCCCCGUAUUCAGCGACCUUGUAUCACUUGUUGGUGCUCUUCUAGCCACGUCAUUGUGUUUUCAACCCAUGGGGUUUAUGUGGCUAUACGAUAACUGGAAACCGGGUAAGCGAGAGAAGUCUAUAAAGUGGUGUUUAUGUGUGGCUUGGUGUGUGUUCAUAAUCCUGACUGGGGUGUUUUUGACGAUUGGGGGCACUUAUGCUUCUGUAGUGAGCAUUAUUCAGUCUUACCAGGAGACCGGAGGAUCAUCGGCCUGGUCUUGUGCCGAUAAUGAUAACUAA